ACUCUCAGCCCCAAAGCAUCUGUAAUUGAGAAUUUUGGUAGUCUCCACCCACAUUCCACAGGGUGAUCUAACAUGAAGCAGACCGUCGUUCUGUUCCCGGGCGCCGGCGUCGGCCACGUAAGCCCCAUGACGGAGCUCGCCAACGUCUUCCUCAAGCACGGCUACGACGUGACCAUGGUGCUCACCGAGCCGCCCUUCAAGUCGUCCGACUUGGGCGGCAGCAGCUUCGUGGAGCGCAUUGCCGCCUCCAACCCGUCCAUCUCCUUCCAUGUCCUCCCGCCCCUCCCGGCACCAGACUUCGCCGCCUCCGGCAAGCACCCUUUCCUGCUCAUGCUCCAGCUCGCGCGCGACUACAACGGGCCGCUCGAGGCUUUCCUCCGCACCAUCCCGCGGGAACGCCUGCACUCCCUCGUCCUCGACAUGUUCUGCGUCCACGCCAUCGACGCCGGCGCCGCGGUCGGCGUCCCGGUCUACACGUUCUUCGCCCCGGGCGCCUCGUGCCUGUCCGUCGUGACCCAGUUCCCGGCGCUGGUCGCCGGCAGGCGAUCGGGCCUGAAGGAUCUCGGGGACACGCCCCUCGAUUUCCUCGGCGUCCCGCCGAUGCCGGCGUCUCAUCUCGUCAGGGAGCUGCUGGAGCACCCGGAGGAGGAGCUGUGCAAGGCCAUGACCGACAUCUGGAGGCGCAACACGGAGACCAUGGGCGUCCUGGUGAACACGUUCGAGUCGCUGGAGAGCCGGGCGGCGCAGUCGCUCCGGGACCCGCUCUGCGUCCCCGGCCGGGUCCUGCCUCCGGUGUACUGCGUCGGGCCGUUGAUCGGCAAGAAGAGUGACAGCAAAGCAGCUAGGAAGAAGAACGAGUGCCUGGCGUGGCUCGACGCACAGCCAGACGCCAGCGUCGUGUUCCUCUGCUUCGGAAGCAUGGGCACGCUCUCCGCGGACCAGCUCAAGGAGAUAGCCGUUGGCUUGGAGAGGUCCGGGCAACGGUUCCUGUGGUCCGUGCGCGCGCCGGCCGGAAGCCAAGACCCGAAGAAAUACUUGGAGGUGCGCGCCGAGGCGGACCUCGACGCGCUCCUCCCGGAGGGGUUCCUGGAGAGGACCAAGGACAGGGGCCUCGUCGUCAAGUCAUGGGUGCCUCAGGUGGACGUGCUCCGGCACCCUGCCACCGGCGCGUUCGUGACGCACUGCGGCUGGAACUCGGUGCUGGAGGCCGUCGCGGCGGGGGUCCCGAUGCUGUGCUGGCCGCUCGAAGCAGAGCAGAAGAUGAACAAGGUGUGCAUGACGGCGGACAUGGGCGUCGCGGUGGAGCUGGAGGGGUACAUGACGGGGUUUGUCAAGGCGGGGGAGCUGGAGGCCAAGGUGAGGCUGGUGAUCGAGGCCGAGGAAGGAAGGCAGCUCAGGGCGCGACUCGCGGCUCGCAGGGAAGAGGCCGAGGCGGCGAUGGAGGAAGGAGGCUCGUCGCGGCGGGCGUUCGCCCAGUUCCUGUUGGACGUGGAGAAUCUCGUAGACGGAAAGCAGCAAGGCAAUUGACCAGUUUCCAACUGGCUACGUUCUAAUACCAUGUCUUUCUCUGAAAUAAAUCGGCUCUUAACCAAUUUUAGCUUGUUUCCUUGCUUGCAAUUCAAUGGAUGAAUGAUGGUAUUUUUUUUCA